CUGUGACUGGGAAAAGAGAAGCAAAGCUGAUAAACGCUCAACUCAUGGGACUUUUGGGAGUUUCAGCCAAGCACUAGUUAAAAUAACAUCGGCUGAAGGUUGCGGUCGUUAUAUCCAAAUUUAACCAUGGUUUCCAUUGACCAUGUGGCUCACAAAAUACUGACUUACAUCCCAUAUGUCCUUGUUUUGAUUGACAUGAGAUAUGAAGGAGUGAAAUGCGGUAGAGAUGGGAGUGUGGACAAUCAUAUGGAGAUGGGGAAGAAACUGCUCGCUGCUGGCCAGCUAGCCGAUGCCCUCUCUCAUUUCCAUGCUGCCGUAGACGGAGAUCCCAAGAACUACAUGGCCUACUACAGGAGAGCCACAGUGUUUCUAGCUAUGGGGAAGUCAAAGUCUGCACUGCCAGAUUUGAGCAGAGUCAUUGAGCUCAAACCAGAUUUCACAUUUGCAAGACUGCAGAGAGGAAAUCUCCUUCUGAAGCAGGGGAGACUCGAUGAAGCAGAGAGUGACUUCAAGAAGGUGCUGAAGUCCAACCCCAGUGAGAAAGAAGAGAAAGAAGCCCAGAGUCAGCUGACAAAGUCAGAUGAAAUUCAGCGGCUGGUGGCCCAGGCACACAGCAGCUUCAACAGCCAGGAUUAUGUAACAGCUGCUGCCCAGCUUGACACUAUCAUUGAGACCUGCGUUUGGGAUGUGACUUCUCGAGAGAUGCGAGCUGAAUGUUUCAUCCAAAUGGGAGAGAUGGGCAAAGCCAUCAGCGACCUUAAAGCUGCAUCCAAGUUAAAGAAUGACAACACUCAGGCUUUCUACAAACUCAGCACCAUCUACUAUAACCUCGGAGACCAUGAGAUGUCCCUCAAUGAAGUGCGCGAGUGCCUGAAGCUGGAUCCUGAUCACAAGCAGUGUUACAGCCAUUACAAGCAGGUCAAGAAACUCAACAAACAGAUCCAGUCUGCAGAGGAACUCAUCCAAGAGCAGAGGUAUGAAGAAGCAGUGAGCAAAUAUGAGGCGGUGAUGAAGACUGAUCCCAAAGUGCACCACUACUCUCUUCUUGCCAAGGAGCGCAUCUGCCAUGCGCUGGCACAGAGCCAGGAGGCUAGCAGGGCCAUCCCAGUGUGUAGUGAAGUCCUUCAGUCGGACCCAGAGAACGUGAACGUUCUGAAGGACAGAGCUGAGGCCUACGUCCAAGAGGAACAGUAUGAGGAAGCUAUUAAGGACUAUGAGACUGCUGCCAAACACAGUGAGAAUGACCGUCAGAUAAAAGAAGGCCUGGAGAGAGCUCAGCGACUUCUCAAACAGUCUCAGAAGAGAGAUUAUUAUAAGAUCCUGGGAGUGAAGAGAACUGCCCAGAAAAAGGAGAUUAUCAGGGCCUACAGGAAACUGGCACAACAGUGGCAUCCGGACAACUUCCAGGAUCCAGAGGAAAAGAAGAAGGCUGAGAAGAAGUUCAUAGACAUCGCUCAGGCUAAAGAGGUUCUCACCGACCCAGAGAUGAGAACCAAAUUUGACCACGGGGAGGAUCCCAUGGAUCCAGAAAGCCAGCAGGGACACCAUCAUCAUCACUUCCAUGGAGGUUUCCACGGAUUCCAGGGUUUCAAUCCAUUUGGUUCUGGACCCUUUAACUUUAAAUUCAACUUCAAUUGAGGAGGGCUCAUAUCCAGCACCACUGGAGUGGAUUUUUGUAUUUUCCUCCCUAUUUAAAAGGGAGAUCACUGGCAUAAGGGAUUCCAGUGCACAAGUCUUACAAAAAAGGAGCACAUUGUGACUUUAAUUCAGUGACCUUAAUUAAAGACGCAUCUUUGUUGUUGAAUAAUACAACUUCAGAUUCCUUUUGGGGAAGGACUGUUGCUAUGCUAACAAAUAUCUGCCACGUGUGAAGCAGCUUUUAUCUGUCAGGAAAUAAGUGGUUAAUUCUACAUCCUUUCCAUGUAUUGUACACUCUACAAUUCACAUCCAUUCAAAAGAUUCAGUUUGUACAUAGGUACAGUGCUAUUUUUAUAUGAAUGGAGUUUUUCUGAAGUGUAAAUAAAGAGCUAUUUAUGUAUAUUAA